AUGUCCUUUGAAUCAUACACACCUGAAGAGAAAGUUAACUGGUCAAAUUCAUGUCAAGCAAAAUGGCCUUGUAAAAAUGAAAAUAAAGAACAGGAAUGUGCUGAUUCUGAUAGAAAUUAUAACCAAACAUGCCCACUAUCAUUUGUUAAAGAGGUAAUCAUCUUCAUUUCUCUUACCAGAUGCAGAAAUCUAAGGAUUCAGACAACUAUAUAUGUGUUCCAGCAAUCGUGUGGAACUCAAUGGCCGUGCAUAAGAAAUUGUUCAUUUGUGUUUGAAGAUUGUCCUCUGGACUGGAUUAAGGAUUCCAACGGAUCUUGUUCUGCUCCAACUUCUUACAAAGGAUCUUGUGAUAAGAAGUUUUACUUCACACAUUAUACUCAGAAAAUGAAAUUGGAGUAUCUAAAGGCCUGUGACAUCGCAUUUGAGUGUUCUAACGACUGUAAAAGAGAUUAUACAAAAUGUCCAAAUAAUUGGACCAAUAAUCGCAAUGGCAUAUGUAUAAGUCCAACAUACAAUGAAUUAUGCUUUCAAACUUAUUCUGAAUUAAUUGGAUUAAAUACCACUGACUCCACCAACAAAUUUAAUAAAAUUUUAGAAGAUGAGAGAAAGAAUAAACCCGAGUACAGGAUUAUAGACCUGAAUCGGUUAAGUUAUGAGAAUAAAGUAAUGUUUGAGUCGAAAUGUCCAAUUGCUAACUUCCCUUGUAUAGAAAACAGUGAUUAUGAUUGGGAUAAACCUUGUCCACAACGUUUCUAUUAUCUCCAUAUUACCGAGUUAUAUACCCCUCAGGGAGUAAUUAACUGGAAUUAUAUAAACAACCAUUGUGUACCAUUGUAUAUAAAUGAGGACGACGACUGUAGGACUAAAAAGGUAUUUAAAUCUGAGGAGGAGAAAAGGAAGUGGUCCUCCUUUUGUCAAAUUCCUUGGCCCAAGUUUGGUGAAUCUGAGACCAUUGUUACUGAGAGUAAAAAGAAAUUCAUGCUCAGUGGUCCAGUUAUUCAUGAGAGUGGAGCUGUCAAUGUUAGUUCAAGUGUCAAAAACAAGACUAAUGACCAAUUAAAGGAAUCAGAUUAUUCUAAAAGUAUCAAAAAACUUAAUAGACUACAAGUCACAUUAACUUGA